ACUAACGCUAUAAAUCUGAAGCGCAAGAGCAGUGAAACAUUUUGUGACUUAAAACAAUAGUGUUACAGUAACUUUAUUGAAUUAACUCUAUUCCUUAAUAAAACCAGGAGACAAUUCUUAUUCUUUCUUCUAUAGCUGAAAAGGUGAAGAAUUUGAUAUUCCGUGCUCCCGAUAAUGAACUGAAAUAAAGUCGCUAUGACAAGAAACAAUAGCAGUUGAAAUAUUUCUGAUCUAUUAAGAUAGUGUAUUUAAAAAGAACACUAGCAAUUAGUAGGUAAAUGGUGAAGGCUACCGUUAAGUGAAGAUCCUUUCAACUUAUAGCUAAAAAGUGAAAAAGUGAGCGAGAUUCUGCGUCCCUGCCAUGAAACGUUAUUUCUCGAGAUCGCACCAAAUUCAGUUCUUAUUUGGAGGGAUCCUGUUGUUCGUCGUGUUCCUGUUCUUUUUCGACUCCGAUGUAGAGGUGGAAAAGUUUCAAGAUUUCAUUCUUCAGAGAAAUGUGUUACCCACGGACUCCGGAGCAGAGGUCCUGGAGAAGGAGGAGAAGAGGAGCAGAGCUGAGCGGAAGGCCGCUUGGUUUCAGACACAGUGGCAAAGAAGGAGAGCCAUAAACGAGACUUGCUCUUCCAUAGACCGAAAGGUACUGCUGGAGACGAUUUACGAAACGAAAGAAAGUCGAAAGUACCUGCUAUACGACGACUGCCAUAAGGCCAUCUAUUGCGCAGUUCCAAAGGUAGCCAGAAGCAGCUGGCGAAAAGCCUGGAUGUUGCUUUCCCGGAUGUCGUUCAACGUGACUGGAAUCGGGGAGGACAAGAUCGAAGAAGCCUUCAAGGAAAGGACGAUGAGGGAUAUCCAAAACAGGGAUGACUUGAAGUACAGACUGACCAACUACAAGAAGAUCAUCGUGGUGCGUCACCCUGUGGAGCGCCUGCUGGCCGUCUUCCUGGACGACGUGCACAACCCGGCACUGGGGAGCCAUGUCCUCCCGAGAGUGAGGCAGACGCGACCGGAGGCCACCAUCGCCAACAUCAGCUGGCCGGAAUUCGUCCAGUACAUCAUCAGCGAAGGAGUGAUUGAUAGUCAGUUGUUGUUGCCUUACGAGGACGUCUGUCACCCCUGCGCUAUCGACUACGACUUCGUAGUGACCCUCGAGACUUUCAAGGAGGAUUCGGACAACGUGGUCGAGUUACUCGGGGGGUCGAAGUCGGAGAGAGUCCAGCUGUCUCCCAUCGAGGAACCCCUGGACGGCGCCAGGGUCAAGGCCUUUGUGGAUUCACUCUCGGCGACGGAACUAAAGGCGCUGAAGAGCAAGUACCGCCGAGAUAUGAAGAUGUUUCAUUACUCUUAGUCUCUGGCUUUCGUCCGCUUUUGACCGUCAUGUUUGUAGUCAGGGUCAAGGCUUCGUAACUUUUUCCCAAAGCAAUAUUUAUUUCGUUUUUUCCCAUUCAACCUAUCUCCCGGUACAUACAAAAAUUACAAUUACUUUAUAAAGCACCCAGCAAGGAUCCUAAGGUAAAUUGCAGGUUCAGACUUCCUGUAAUAAGAUGAUACCAAAAAUCUCGUCGUAAAAAACCAUUCGAUUUCAACGGUAUUCUUGUCGUCGUGUUGAUGUAUUCUUUCCCAAAGAAAUUCUAGGCCUUCUUUUACUAUGUUAUAUAUAUUCAAAUAUGCUUAUAUAUAUGUAUGUACACA